UCCUCUUCCCCAGCUCUGCAAGGACACUGAACAGUGCAGAGAGCAAACUGGCAGGACAAGGAUCUGGCCUGUCUGAGUGAUCUCUGAGCCUGUCGGAAGACUUAUUUACAGAAAGCUUAUUAUGGAUCUAGUGAUUUGGACCUUGGCAAUGAUGUUGGCUCUUGUGGUCGGCUUGUUUGUGCUGCUGGUUUCCGGGGUAAUUUACACUGUAUUCACCGACUCUGUUCUGCCGGAAGGUAUCCAGGGGCCAGGCAAACUCAGGCUCAUCUAUGGGACCCAAGUGGCGAUAGGCACUUUGGGAAACAUCGCCCAGAACCUGGGUCUUGGAACGCAGAUCACUUUCGUUCGCUACCUGCGCUCAAAAGUACUCAGGACAAAACACAAGGAAGAUGCUGGGCUGGUCAUCCAGGACGUGCAAUUUGACGGUGUCCCCGUGAGGGUUUACCAACCACGGUCAGCAGCUGCAGGAAAAAGACGAGGGAUCCUGUUCUUUCACGGUGGUGGAUGGGUGUUUGGCAGUAUAGAUGACUAUGAACAUUUGUGCUGGUACAUCGCCAAGGAAACAGGCUCGGUUGUGGUAUCUGUGGAGUACCGCCUCGCACCUGAGCACAGGUACCCUACUCAGUUUGAGGACUGCCUAAAUGCCACACUGCACUUCCUCAAGACUGCAGAAGAUUAUGGAGUCGACAGCUCCAGGAUUGUUGUGAGUGGGGACAGCGCUGGGGGCAACUUGACUGCAGCCGUAUGUCUGAGGAUCACUGCCAUGGAAGAGAGCUCGGAUUUGCCAGCUCUCUGUGCCCAGGUCCUGAUCUACCCAGCCCUUCAAAUGGUCGACUUCAACCUCCCCUCCUAUCAGCAAAACCAAUAUGUGCCCCUCCUGUUUCGAACACGGAUGGUCUUCUUUGUUCUGCAGUAUCUGAAUGGGGACAUGUCACUGGGGGAGGAUGUACUGUCAGGCCAGCACCUACCAGUAGAACUCAAAAAUAACUACAGGAAGUGGAUAAAGGCAGACUUGAUCCCCAGCGAGUUUCAGGUCAGAGGUCACAAGCCCAACCUUGUCCUAACACAUGAUGAUGAUGUUUAUGAUCUUGUUAAGCCCAGCUUAGAGCCGACCUUCUCCCCCCUCCUUGCCAGUGAUGCUGCCAUUGGGAGAUUGCCGCCAGCCUAUAUUUUGACCUGCGAGUUUGACGUGCUUCGGGAUGAUGGCCUGCUGUUCAAAAAGAGGCUAGAAGACAAAGGCGUUCCAGUAUCCUGGUACCAUGUUCAAGAUGGUUUCCAUGGGAUAAUCAGCUUCUUCGAUAAUGGUUACCUGACCUUCCCAUCAGGGAAACAGGCUGUUGAUAACAUUGUCUCCUUCCUUAAAGACAUAUAGUGAAUGUUUGCUGUACUCAUUAUAGGCACAGGAUCAAUAUCUUGCUCAAGGUAUUGGAGACCAUAGAACCAUGCAAAUUGGAGGUAAUUAUAUAAACUGCGCCAUAAUGAGUCGGGAUGCACAUGCACAACAUACACUCCUGUUUCUGUACAUACCCAUUAUCCCCAUUCCUGCCUCCUGCCAAUUCUGUGAGCAUUCAUUUUUGUGGAGACACGUACUGAAUGAUUUCUGGAAAUCCAUAUAUACCAUUCAUAGACACUCUUUGUCAAUCUACCCUAUUAGUAAGCACCUCACAAAAUUCAGUUAACUUAGUUACCUUUAAUGAAGCCAUGCUAACUCUCUCUAUCAGUUCAUGUUGGAUUAAGUGCUCAGUCACUCUGCCCUUGGUGACAGAUUCUAGCAGCUUCUCUAAAACUGAUAGGACUGCGGUUAUCUCUACCACACUUCUUAAAUAAUGGAGUGACAUUAGCAAUUUUUGAAUCUACAGAAUAGGAGAAAAAUAUCUAUUACCAACAGCACCAACCCGGCAAUUCUGUAGGGGGCAGAUUGCAAGAGUUGAGAUUACACUGCAGAGGCAUUUUCCCAACUUCCCACUCUGAACCUUGCCACAGGGAGAAUAAACCAGGAAUUGGAAUGCACAUCAUGUACAAUUUCCAGCCAAUAAUUUGCAUGGUCAGGAGAUCAUGAGCAGCAGGGACCAAAUCUCCGACAUGCACUCCCAGUAGAUAAGGCUCCCUUACUGGAAGGAAAAACAGAAUAUGAUCCCUUAUAUUUACAAUGAAGAGGCACCUCAAGUUACACAGAGAGUACUGGGUGGACAUGAGAGAUUAUUAGCACUACUAUCAUCUCCUCAAGUGAUUCAGAUGCUGAGAGCUAUGAAGCUACUUCUUUCCAUGUAUUUAUAUUUCUUCUAAAAAUAAUUUUCCUCUCCAGUAUUUCUCGCCUCUUCUCAGGAUUGAGCAUCUGCGAUGCCCCAUGCAGUCACAUAGCAUAAUGAUAUAUUUCUGUCCAGCUUGCCAGAUGAAGUGUAGACAUAAAGAUAGCAAUUAUUACGUGCUCAUCCUAUCUGGUCAAUGCUUGAGAGAGCCAGUAAAGGAAAGGUUGCUGAGCCCCAUCUCAAUUGUAAUACUUGGCUGUUUAAGCCAGUCUGCAUUAUAAUGUGAGUAGAUUUCAUUGUUUGACUUUUUCUUUUUUCCUGAUUGAUUGUUUAAUUAAAAACCUUUGAUUAUU